AAUAGAGGGAGGGGAAUGGAUCAUUUGCUUGUACUUGAUUCUUAAAACUGCUGUCAGUUAUUUUUCUAAUUUCAAUUUGAUAAUAAGCUUUUUCGAGGAUGGUCAAUAUAGCCCAGUCUUUUGGAGCACAGUCUCUGGAGUCGUAAAGCUGGGAUCUGAUCUAGCUAAAUCCCAAGUAACUACACUACAGUUUCCACUGACCUUGGUCAGUAAACUUUGGUUUCUUAAACUGUGAAAUGGAGAUACUAAUAACAUUCUAAGUUGUAAAGCUGUUAUGAUGAUUAAAUGGGAUCAGUGAGAUGUUCCAAAUGCUUAGGACAAUGCCUGGCACAUAUUAAUGAUCAUCAUCACUAUUAAGCGGUCUAAUUGGAUGAACAGCAUAGUUUGAAUCUGUGACCCUAACUUUUUGGCUCUACUAUUCACUGGCUCUCUGUCUGGAACCUCUUUUACAUUCUUAUCUCUUAUGGCGGCGCCACUGAGCAAGUGGGCAGAAACACCUCAGGAGCACCCUUCUUUCUGGACCUUGUUCUUCUUCCUCUUCCUGCAGGAGGCGCUGGUUUUCCCCGACAGCACGCAAGAUGCCGGUUGCCGCGCGACCGUCGCCAGGCAACCGCGUGUACACACUUGGGGUCGGACCCGGGUCCGUCAAUAUGGCGGCGCAGGGCCCCUCUACGACCUCUCCAAGCAGCGUGUCUCCGCAGUCCCUGUCGCCGCCAGGACUGCCGCCGACCCCGCCUCCGACCUCGACCGCGGUUGCGAAGUCGUCCCCGGAGUCGAGGGGGAGCUCCCGGAGCCCACGGCAUCUCAGGACCACGACCUGCCGCGAGGACUCGUUGCCCCUCGCGGUGUUUUAUGGGCCUCUGGACGCCAAAAACCCGCUCCUGGCCUCCUGCGAGAAUGAGAUCCGGGACUUAUUAGGCUUUAUGAAGAGAAAGAAGGUUUUAGCGACAACGGAGGAACAAAAGCAUGAAUUCAACCGGCGGUGUGCCACCUCUUUGUUUAAUAUCUGGACUAAAUACGCCCCCCGGCUGCCAGUUGCAUAUUACAAUGAAAAGCUUCUGAAGGUUGGAGAUAGCCUUCGUGAAAUGAAAGAAUAUAAAUUGGCCCUUUUACAGUGCUAUGGAAGAUACCUUCAGCAGUUCAGUAUCAAGUUUGAUGAGAAUAAAGCAGAUGUGAAUCAACUCAAAGCUGUCUUUUUUCCAAAAGGCUUUGGAGACAAAACUGCUGCCCAUACAUUUCAUGCUUUAAAUGGCAAAAAUAUUUGCAACUACCAGCUGGUCUGCAACAGUGAUAUGAACCUGCAGAGCAAAGAAUCUGUAAUCCAGUGCCUGCGUAUCUUGUCUUCCUUCAGACUUAUCAUGCAGGUGGCUUUGCCACAGGAGCACCUUUGCUGGAUUGUCUUCAAUGGUACCAUAUACAUUUACACCAUUUGCAGAAAACUGAUGAUCAUAGGUCAGUCUUCCAAGGCCUUAGAGUAUCUCCUGUGGGCCAGUAUGUGUAUGGAAUCCUCGGUGCCACUCCUGUCUGUCAGGUACUUGACCUGGCGAGCUACUCUUUACACUGCUGUCUGCCAGUGCUACUAUGACUGCCAAGCUGGUGUUCAUGGAGAGGCAUUUGCUCGACGUGGUCUAGCCAAAAUUGAUGAGUUAAGGCAACUGGAAUUAAUGAGUUCCUCAGAAACACAGGAAGAAUCCAGAAGAGAUUAUAGAGAAGCCACAAUAAAGAUGGCAGUGAUGAUCUUCAAAAGAGGAGUAUUUGAAUCUAGACGAAGAAACAAAACUUUCUUUAGACCAAAGAUAAGACUUAACCUAAAGGAAGUACAAACUUUGCCAUGGCCACGUACUGCCACGGAACGGUUGUUGGAGGAAAUGUUCGAUAGCACUGCAUCCCGGUUUCUGGCUGUCUUGGAAGCUCUUUCUAAUUCAAAUAGGCGAACACUGCAAACUGGAUUUGGUAUUACAGAUGAAGUAGAAGUUCGUGAUGUUGUCUCAGAACUAUUUGCAGCAGGAAAAGAACUUUUAAUAAUGUCAAAUUCUGGUGCAGAUGGAAUGCUUGAUUUUCCAAAAACAUCUCUUCUGCAACUUAUUAUAAAAAGAAAAAAUGUUAUUUCUCUAGAUGCUGCUGUGAAAUUUGUAAAAUUAGCUUUUACUUAUGAGGAAUGGAGUUUAUUUGAAUCUACAGCUGGGCAUGUUAUUGAUUUUCUCCAGAGGCAGGAUGAUCCAGAGUCAAAGAAAGAAGAGAAGGAUUUAAUUCUUCUUAUUGCAGUAGAACCUUUAAUUAAUAUAAAGAGAAACAAAGGCUCGAUCUUUCCUCUGGAAAACUACAAAGAAGGACGGUCAGCUCAAAUUUAUGUAAAAAAACCUGCAUUUAAUGAUUCUUGUGUGAAGAUGUAUGGAUAUUCAGAAGACAUUUUCCACCUGGCAACAACCUUGUAUUCCUGUGUCUGUGAUUCUCCUCAGAGUGUUCAGCCUGAUAAAGAAAUUGUUGUGGACUUGAUAAUGUUCCUAUGGCAGAAAUGCAAAUUAGGAAUUCAGAAGAUCAGUAUGUCCAGAAAUGACUAUGUAAAAUUCACCCAGAAUAUCAGUACCAAUAAGUGGAUUUAUCUUCUGUGGCAGAUAAAUGAAGUAAUUCACUGCUCUAAAAUGGAAGACAUUGACAUUGUGGUGGUGGCAGAGGUCACAUUACAAUUAAGUGAAAUACUGGAGUUUUUAGGAAGCCCAAGAAGAAAAUUAAAAAAAUCUCUAGAUAUACCUUUAAGGGAAGGGACUGAUGAGUUCCAUGGAACUCCAGAAGGGAACCCAGAAAUUCUUCCAAUGUUAAAGAAAAAACCUGUGGAACAGUUAUUUUUGGCUUAUGAACUUCUUGGCAAAGCAAUUGGUAGACUAAAUUCGAAUUGCAUGUUAACUGCUUUGUCAAAUGGACCAUCAGUGAUUGACCAUUGCUAUACCAAGUACCCCCAAGAUAUAAAUGGAGAAGUUUACAAACCAGGCACACCAAAUAGUUUCAUAAUGGAUUUGCACCUUGAACUAAUUCAAGCCCAGCACCGAAUAGCUGUUGUACUUCUUGACCAAUUGCAAGUUUUGCAGACUCCAACUGUUAGCAAAAACACAUCUACCAAAGGUCCAGAAAAGCUAAAGCAACCUGGAAGCAGUGAGUGUUUUACAGAAUUAAGUGUAAUGAAUACAAUAAGGAAGAAUAAGCUAUCCAAAGCAAUUUACUUGAUGCAGAAAGCUCUUCUAAUAUAUGAGAAAGAUGCAAACUCAACAUCCUCACAAAACUUUUUGAUGGAAGCAUAUUUUUUAAUUGAGAAGAAUGAAGCAGAACAAAAUGCCCUGUAUUCAUACCAGAAAUAUUUGGAAAGUUCAAAAAGAAAGAAAAGCAAAGUUCCUCCUCCACCUAUUCUGCUAUCUCGCACUCAUUGUUCUGUGACAUUGAAACCUGCUCCAUUUGUUUCAGAUGUGAAGGUCUCCUGGUACUGCAUUUUGGGUUGCAAAGCAGAAGGGAGCUAUGGAAAAGUAAGGCUAAACAAUAAUCACCUCCCAAACUCAGGAGAAGCGAUACCUGCUGAUGAUAAAAGCAUUUUUGAAGUGAAAGGUUUGGAAACCAAUGAGAAAUAUGUCUUCGCAAUUGCUGCUUAUUCUUCUAAUGGGAAGCUUAUCGGUGACGCCGUUGGGGAGACAACGAAACCAGUUCUGGUUUAUCCACCUCUUUCUGCUGUUACUGCUCGGAUGUUCUUGACGCAGGUUGCCUAUCAGAUUGGUGAUUAUGAGUUGGCUAAGAAAGUUUUCUCACCAGUUUGGGAUUAUUUUGUUGCUUCGCCAUUUCACGUUGUGCAGUCCUCUAUUUGUUUAAGCAAUAUAAUGACUGUCACACAGAGAAGAUUAUAUUUAGACAUUUUAGCGGAGACUUCUUCAAUCCUCUUAUACCUUUUUCUUAGAAAUAUUUUUGUAACAAGUGAUAUUAAAAUUAAAGAAGAAAAUCUUUUCUGUGAUAAUAUUAAAGGCAAUGAGAUUUUUCCCUCUCAACAAAUUGCUAGACUAAUUGAAUGCGAGAGAGUAUUAGUGGCAUUGGAACUUAGCAACUACCUAAAUGAUUCCAGUUACGCCCUUCAAGCUGUGACUCAGUGUUAUGGCCUCCUUGCUCCUAUAAUCUAUCACAAUAUUGUUUUGGUACCUGUUGUCCAGAUCUUGAUCAAGUGUGUAGUGGUUUUGCAAGGGCUUCCAAAUGUGAUCCUCUCAAGGAAACAUAUUGCGAGUUUUGAAAGUGUACAACAUAUGAUAGCUUGUUGUAUUUUCUACAUAACAAAGAUUCUGCGUUCAUGGAAGGAAUAUGACCUGGCAGUAAUGAUUAUAAAUUAUGGAAAAAAGAUGUUGGAUGUCACAUCAGGAUGCAAAUCUCUAUUUGGUAAUAGCAACCAAGAAGAAAUGCAAGAGGAGGGUUCUUCUAAGAAGUCUUCCAAGUCUAAGAAGCCACAGCAGAUAUUAUUACCUGAAAAAAUAAAUGAACAGCUGGUCUUGUUGGAGACGCACCUACUCAGACUGACAAAGCAAUGUGUUACAACUGAACUCUCAGGAACAGAGGACCCUAUAUUUCUUUACCCUAUAGUUUUAAAUUGGUCGGUCAAAGGUGCUGUGAAAGAAGUUAUGAAAUUUAAGCAGAGACCUCGAUUCCUGGAAUUCUUUACGCAAGUUUUGCUAAAAUGUAUGCAUGAUGAAAAAUUUCAUUUUAUGGUGGAGAUAACACAUCCUGUCAAUGACUUCUUAAAAAGGAGAAAUGAAUCCCUACUUGGAAUAAGAAAAAUUAAAUAUAAGGAAAAUGAUUUAUGCAAAAAAGAGACCAAAGCUGUGAAGUUCAAAGCUGCAGUAAUGGAGACUGGAAGAACUGCAGAAACAGAAAUAAAAAGAAACAAAAGAAAGGAAACUCUAAGAGAAUUUUUUUCCAGAAAUCCACUUAUUUCUGAAAUGACACAACAUGAAAGAAAUAAGAGAAUGGAUGUUAGAAAACUAGCAUUUCAAUUCCUGGUGGAUAACUUGACUCCUAUAAUAUUAAAUCAUGUUAAAAAGAAGAGGUUCCAUCAAAUAUUUCUUGAGGAGAUGCCCUGGAAAGCUCAGAUGAACCUGUGUCUAGCAAGCGCACACUUCAACCUACUUUUUAUAAAGCUAGGGGAAUGUACGAAAAUGAAAUUUGGCACUUCGCAUACGAUGGUCAGUUUCAGAUCAUGUGAUCCUAAUAUGUUCUCACUAUAUAAUUCAGGAACAGUAUUACCAACAGGAAAAUUGACUCUAGAAAACUACAAAAUGUUGCUUGAUUUCCUUCUUACAGCUAAAAAAAGAAAGGACAACUUACCAUCAGAUGCUGAAGAAUUUGCAACAUUUAUUAGUUCCAAAGUGAAUGAUGAAAAUGCUUCCAAGACACAAACAGCUUAUGACUCAGACUCUCAGUUGGGUCUUAGUUCUAAAGAAAAGGAUCGAGCAGCAAAUUUGGGUCUAUUGGAUCAUUUUAUGAAAAUCUUUUUAUAUUGCAGGAGAGCAAUGGUCCUUGCUCAUCGUGGUGGCUAUUGGACUCUGCUUCAGAACAGCUGUCGGGCCCUUUGGAACUUUAAUCAGGAGCUACAAAUACUUUUUAAACAAGCAGUGGAUCUCUAUAAAACAUUUCCUAUUAGCCAGGAUGGUUUCCUGUGUAUCUCGGUUUUACCAUUCUAUUUGGGAGCAGAAUUACUUAUUGACAUGUUAAUAGAACUACAAGAUGUCAAUUCCAUUGAGAUUAUUGAAGAAAAAGGAGAAUUCAAUAUUCCCAGCUGUUAUGGAAAUAUUAAAAACAAUAAUGGUGGUGCCAGCCUUACUUUUGAGCAUCCUUUGGAUGAUGUAAAUGUGGUUGAUUUGAAAUGGAUCCAUGACUUUGUGUUAAAAUCUCUGGAAUUUUUGUAUCAAGUGGAAAAAUGGGAAACACUAGUAUCACUUGCCAUUCAGUUCAAUACAAUUUCACAUGAGAGAUAUACAGAGCAAGUGACACCACUCCUGGUAUAUGCACAGCACCAGCUUCUUCUAAGAAUAUCCAAGUUCAGUGGCCCAGAUAUUACCCUACAGCCUUGUGCAAGAUACGAGGCUGAACGUGAUGACAAGAUAACCUGCCGAAAUUUCAUUGGAAAGCAGCUCAAGAUUAAUCCUCGAACCAACAAAAUGACAGAUACAGGAAACCAUACAGAUUUCCUAAAAAAGCUUAUUUAUUCAGAAUACAGCCACGCCAAGGGGCUCGUCUGUGUGCCCGUGGAUGUGGCAGACACUCUGAGAUGUUUCAGGGAGACCUUGGAAAAAUCCAAAUAUCAUAACAAGUCAAUCCGACACAGCAGAAAGUUGCUUUCAUUAUUCCUUGCACAGACACAAGGAGACAAAGGAGGAAUAAACAACUCAAAAUUUGCUACUGGAAAGGUGGAAUUUUGCCCGGGGACAGAAGAGAUGCAUAUGCCGACACCCCCUGACCUUUCUCAGGAACCCUUCAGAGUUUCUAGUUCAGUAGAGAAAAGCAGACUUCCCUGUUCACAACUUGGACUCGUGAUUUCCUCUUAUCACGAAACUGUUGAUGUACUUCAAGCCAGCAAUCAAAGAAGUCUUAAAGUUCAGGCAUUGCAUGAACUUGGGAGUCUUCUCAUCUUUGCAGAAAGGAAAAGGGCUGCUUUUAAAUGCUGGUGUCAAGCUCUUGAUGACAUAUUCAGAAAAGAAGACGUGUUGCAUACAUGGAAAGAGUUUGGCACGUCACUCACUAAUGCCACCAAUAGCUAUUCACCUCCAGGUUCCAAAGAUUACAGUGAAGAAUUUCUGUCAAAAAUUGGCAUUUGGGGAUGUUUGCAAGGAGCAGUCAUAUCAGCAAAGAUAGCACAAUUUAUUAAGACAUUGGAUGUUGAAAAGAGAACCAACUGUUGCAUUUUGUCUGCAUUACUCUUUCAGGGUUUGCUUAGAACCACACUUGCACACCCCAAAGCUGAACGUUGCUAUGCUCAGCAUGAAAUCACUCAGCUUCUCCCUGGCAUCGAGCUCUUCUCGGAUAGAUACAGGGCUGACAUUUGCUCUGUAACUGCAAGUCUGUAUUACAUUAUACGUGAACUACACUUUGCUAAGCAAAAUCUAAUAAUUCUGCCUCUCCUUUCAUUGUACCAAUAUUUUGUUUCUGGAAUUUGCCAAGAUUUAGUCAGAAACCUAGAAGCAAGAAUACUCAAGAUAGAAGUCCUGAUAGAUUUAAGAUUCUUUUCUGAAGCCUUUCAUGAAAUAUUGCAGAUUUUUUAUGGAAAAAAUAUGCCUUCCUCAAUACCCACUGGUUGUAAAGCUACCAGAAAAAUGCAGGCAUUUCAAUCAUUUGAUUCAGGAAAACCUCUUACUAGUAAAGAAAAUAUACAGGCACUUGAUGAAUUGAUACAUAAAGGCUUACCUCUAAUUCUGGUUACAAUUGGCCAACAACAUCUUUUAAAUAAGUUUUCUUUUGUUAAAGCAUAUUUUUUAAUAAAUGUGGCUGAAACAAUAAAUUGUGUCCCAGAAAAUACAAUGAAAACAGACUACCCUGGACUUCUUUCUGAGAAGACUAGAGCAAACCUUCCAAAUUUGAAAGAGCUAUGUUUAAAGGAUGCUGGAGGCUCAUUUUGUCAGUCUGCAAAAGUGAAAGAUGACUUCACUCUUGGCACACUAAAGUCAAUUCUACUGAUAGAAGCUGAAGACAGGCUCAAUGUUCUUGUGUCAGAGACGGAGUAUCUAGGCCCCAAGGACCUCUCUCAGUGCUUUGCUGGCCAGUUGGAGAUUAUAGUGGAGGCCAGGCUUCAGCUGGCUGCAGUUGCCCUGCAGAGACACCAGGCAGCAUAUAGUGCUGCAAUAGUAUUUUCUACACUUAAACUUCUCCAGGAUUCAAAACUUUUUAAAAAGAAGGUAGUACAAGAUGACACAGAGAAUUCCAUCUCCUCAGAAACUUCCGCCACUGAAAAUAAAGAUGAUAAUGAGUUUCUAGAUCCUAUUUCCCUAAAUUCUCGAGAAUAUUUCAACAUUCAUCUGUGGUUGAGGUGCCGUUUAGCACUGGUAACUGCGUUUGUUCUGCAGAUUCGUGGCAUUGGAAUUGUGAAAGAAAACGAUGUAACAGAUUAUGUAAGCUUCAUCAAUGAAGUGUGUGUGGAAGCAAAAAAUGCAGGUGACAGAGAGCUACAGGCUGAAUUCUUGAUGCAAGCUGUAAUCAUUGGCCUACAAGAAAAGCAUUUAAAGGCAGACAUCAUAACAAACCUUCAGGCUAUAAUACAUUUGCUCGAAGGACAUGAAUUUAUUUCUCCUCGAUCUUACUUAACCUUGGUGAAGAGCAUGCUUUUGCUGGAUGACUUAACAAAAGCUGAGAAAUUGAAGGAAACUUCCUCUUCAAAAACUGAAAAAUUGAAUUUGUUGAUUCAGUCUCACAACGUUCUUAUUGAACAGAUGCUAACUUUUGGAGAAACAAUUGAAUUUCCUUUCAGAAACAAGGACUAUGCAAGUCCAUGCCAACCUUUGAAAAAUGUCUAUCUUCCUCAUGUCAUGUUAUUGGUCAAAACAAAAAUGAGACUUGGACAUACAGCGGCCAAGCAAAUCUAUUAUAGCAGUAAAAGGAAGGACCCGUCAAAAUGGUUACCUGCCCUUCAACUUUUUGAAGUAGCAUUGAGGCUUUGUAAAAUAUCUGCAACAGAAGAACAUGAGGUGGAGGCUGAAAUUCUUUUUCAAAAGGGAAAAAUAGAACGUCAAAUAUUGAUUGAAGAGAAAUUUCCAAGUUCACAAUUUGAGAGUUUAUUUGAAGCUGUACAACUAAGCUUAAGAAGUGACCAAAACUCAGGGUUGAUAAGAGGCUCCUACCUUGAAAUGGCCCUAUUAUUUUUACAUAUGAGGGAGCCAAAGAGCAAACUUUCAGUAUCACCAUUAACACUUAAGGCUGUUUCCAGAAGGAAUAGUUCUGUUAAAGAACCAGUGGAUGUAUUUGAAAUGUACAAUUCAUUGGCCUGGAUUGCAGUUAGAGCUGCUACACAGGUCAGUGAAGCUGUCCUGGCAGUUAACCUACUUACUGGAAAGAAGAAUGUCAGAACUGAUAAAGUUAGCCAGGGGGCAUUACCAAAUAUCCCCGAGUUUGCCACUGUGGAUCUUCUAUCUUCAUACACAGAUUAUUUGCUUGAUAACUAUCAAGUUGUCUUCCAGACUGGCUGUUCAUUUUCUUACCACAGUGAUGACAUGAAUGACAACACAGAUGCUAGAAAAAAGAUUCAGAAUAAAGUGGAUAUUACGUGGAUUCUUCUACUGCGUUACUAUAUUCACCUGCAGAGGAUUAAUAAUAUGAGCAAACUUCUAGCAUCUCCAAAGCCAAGAUCUGGAAUUUCUUUGCCAGAUGAUACACUUUUUACAUCGCUUUUCAAUGCUAGAUUGAUUUUGCGUCAAAAAGGAAUGCAUUUUUUCCUUAAAAGAUUCUUACAGCUGUAUUCUUCCUCUUGUAUUGAUGAAUUUCCAAAAGAACUAUUACAAGGAUUGGAAAAUCCACAUUUUUCAAAAAACAGCUCAUCUGACUCAUCAGCCAAGUUAUGUCAUGACAGUGCUUUACACUCCAGUUCAUCAUCAGAGCUCCUUGCCAGCCCAUCUUGUGGAGACUGGAUAUCAUCAGAUAUGGCAAUACAAGCUUUAAACAAAGAACUUUGCUUUCAAUGGUACAUUCCUCCCCUGGAGAAACCACCAAAGGAAAUCGAACCUAUGGUUUUGUUGUUGUAUGCAUAUAAUAUGAAGCCCCUGAAGAUUUCAGAUGUUAUAUAUACCACGUGUAGUGAUGUGUAUGUUGGCUCUUUCUGGGUUCCACUGAGCAGAGUUAUUUCAAUUCACGAGAAACUAUCUAAUCUUGUGCAAAUAGCUGAAAUAUCAUUGCCAUCAGCUCCUGAAGUUACUUCAAAUGAAAGUGAAUCUGAAAUAGAAGAAAAGGAAGAAAAACCAAUUGAUGCAGAGAUGGAAAACAUGAUUAUUGAAUGUUGCUCUGAAAUAAUAAGUCUGUUUUUGACUGAUAGAGAGGUAACACCACUAUCUGAGGUCCCAUUUGAUAUCGAGCUCCCAUCUAUAUUCAACCUUGAGAGACUUUUUGAUCUUGCUAAUGGUUGUGUUGUAUCAGGAGGAAGCCUUUUCAACUGGAUAGUGUCUGUUAUUCCCAGAACACCUUUUACGUGUUAACCUUAUAAAGGAUUUCAUUCUUAUUGUUUUUCUUGGUGUGAAGUAAGUUUUUUGGAACUGUCUGUCCUCUUAUGACAAACCAAAUAAAGUUGUUUUCUUACACAAACUAAAUUGCUUUAAAAAUUACAGUUCUGAGUAAUG